AUGGAGAACGGCACAGAGGGCAAGAACUUCUACAUCCCCAUGAACAACAGGACGGGGCUUGUCAGGAGUCCUUUUGAAUAUCCACAGUACUAUUUGGCAGAUCCAUGGCAAUUCAAACUACUUGCUCUCUACAUGUUCUUCCUGAUCUGCACUGGCUUCCCCAUCAAUGCUCUGACUCUGCUGGUCACAGCUCAGAACAAGAAACUACGUCAACCUCUCAACUUUAUUCUGGUAAACUUGGCUGUGGCAGGACUCAUCAUGGUCUUCUUUGGAUUCACAGUCACCUUUUAUACUUCUCUCAUGGGCUAUUUCUCCUUGGGAACAAUGGGUUGUGCCAUUGAAGGAUUCAUGUCUACAAUUGGAGGUCAAGUGUCUCUGUGGUCUCUGGUGGUUCUGGCUAUUGAGAGAUACAUUGUGGUCUGCAAACCCAUGGGAAGCUUCAAAUUUACAGCCACCCAUGCUUCAGCAGGCUGUGCAUUCACCUGGAUCAUGGCUUGCUCCUGUGCUGUUCCUCCUCUGCUUGGCUGGUCAAGGUACAUUCCUGAGGGUAUUCAGGUCUCCUGUGGACCUGACUACUACACUCUGGCUCCGGGCUACAAUAACGAAUCAUUCGUCAUGUACAUGUUCAGCUGCCACUUCUGUGUUCCCGUCUUCACCAUCUUCUUCACUUAUGGAAACUUAGUGUGCACAGUGAAGGCGGCUGCAGCUCAGCAGCAGGACUCAGCAUCCACUCAGAAAGCUGAGAAGGAAGUGACACGCAUGUGCUUCCUGAUGGUUUUGGGCUUCCUCACGGCCUGGACCCCAUAUGCUAGCUUUGCUGCAUGGAUCUUCUUCAACAAGGGAGCUGCCUUCUCAGCAACAGCUAUGGCCAUCCCUGCCUUCUUCUCAAAGAGCUCAGCAUUGUUCAAUCCCAUCAUCUAUGUGCUGAUGAACAAACAGUUCCGUAACUGCAUGCUGAGCACUAUUGGAAUGGGUGGAAUGGUGGAGGAUGAGACCUCAGUAUCAACCAGCAAGACAGAAGUGUCCUCUGUUUCUUAA